GUCUGGCCAGGUGUGGCAGUGUUUCCAGACUACACUAACCCCAGCUGUAAAGAGUGGUGGAUUGAUGAGUACGUCAGAUUAUUCAAAGAAAUCAAACAUGACGCUCUGUGGAUUGAUAUGAAUGAGGUGUCUAACUUCAUGAAAGGCUCCAUCAAGGGAUGUGAUGACAACAAUCUCAACUACCCUCCCUUCACUCCUAGUAUCCUGGAUGGGGUGUUGUACAGUAAGACUCUGUGUAUGGACUCAAAACAGACCUGGGGAAACCACUAUGAUGUCCACAGUCUCUAUGGAUACGCCAUGGUUCUAGCCACCAGAGAUGCUCUAGAGCGUGUGUUUGAGGGGAACAGGAGCCUGAUACUGACCCGCUCGUCCUUCCCUGGUGUGGGGAAGUACUCCGGCCACUGGCUGGGUGACAAUGCUGCUAACUGGAACGACAUCAAAUGGGCCAUACCUGGCAUGCUGGAGUUUGGCCUGUUCGGAAUCCCCUACAUCGGUGCUGAUAUUUGCGGUUUCUUUGACGACGUGUCAGAAGAGUUGUGUCGUCGUUGGAUGCAGGUUGGAGCAUUCUAUCCCUUCAGCCGGAACCACAACGCCCAGCAUUACAAGCCCCAGGACCCGGCAGCGUUUGGUGUAGACUCACUGCUGUUGAAUACCUCUAAACAUUACCUGAACAUCCGGUACACCCUUCUCCCCUACCUCUACACCCUCUUCUACAAGGCUCACACUACCGGGGACACCGUGGUCCGGCCCGUCAUGCACGAGUUCUACUCUGACAGUAACACCUGGACAGUGGACCGCCAGUUCCUCUGGGGGAAACACCUGCUCAUCACACCUGUACUGGACCCUGGGGUGGAGUGGAUCCAAGCCUACGUCCCAGACGCUGUGUGGUUUGACUAUGAAACGGAAGAGCGAAUUACAGUCCGUAAGCAGCAAGUUCAGAUGUACCUGCCUGCAGACAAGCUUGGUUUACACAUCAGGGGCGGAGCUAUUCUACCUAUUCAGAGACCUGCGGUCACAACUGUUUACAGCCGGCGUAACCCCAUGGGUCUGAUCGUUACGCUCGAUGACAACAACAGAGCAGCAGGAGAGCUAUUCUGGGAUGACGGAGACUCUCGAGGUAUUUUAACAAAGUCAGACGGAGUUAGUGUGUAUGUGUGUGUCGACAUGUGUGUGUCUAUAUGUGUGUGUCUAUGUUUGUGUGUAGGAGCACAACUUUUAGUUUAGAAGUGGGGGGGUAGC